AUGGCUGCUGAACUCCAUCUCCCCCAUCAACUUGCAGGGGCAUACAAGACUCUCACAGCGCAGUGCCACUGCAAGUCAACGCACUUCACCGUCACCGUCCCGACCUCAGCUCUUCCGCUUCCAGUCCACCUCUGCCACUGCAGCAUCUGUCGCUACACUCAUGGAACCUUCAGCUGCUUUCACGCCUCCCUUCCAAAUGAAGUCGAACCCCACUUCGUCUCACCGUCUUCCAUUAAGUCAUCCCUCACAGGAUACAUUCACGACAAGGCAGUCUCUGAGCGCUUCUUCUGCACUACCUGCGGCUGUCACAUUGGCGACCGCGACUUGAAAGUCGACCCUGAAACGGGGAAAACCCCAUGGCGCGUGGCAACCUCCAUCUUCAACACCCACGACGAGGAGACCUUCCAGAUCCGCUCUCACUGCUUCGUUGACCCAGCCACCGAGCCCAACCUUGCCACCUGGCUGCCCUCCAUCAAUGGCCGCGACGUGCACGUCUGGAACCCAGGCCCAGACGACCCCCAUUUCCCGUUGGCCCAGUCCCGCCCCCCCAAGCCAGACCUCCCAGACCGUAACCACCUCCUCGCGCAAUGCCACUGCGGCGGUGUGCGCUUCACCCUUCCGCGCCCCUCCGACUCCGACGCCGCGGACCGCUUCCUCGCCCGCUUCCUACGCACCGGCCCCACCCCCCCUCCUACCCUCAACUCCAACCCACACCCAAACCCAGACCAUAACCCCUCCACCGUCACAUCACCACUACCACCCACCACCCGCACCCAACACCAAGCCCACACCCCGCCACCGGCCCCCCACCCUCAAACGCGUAGCCUUGCAUAUGCCUCUGCGACGACUGCCGCCUCGUCUCCGGCGCCCACACCAUGCCGUGGACCUUUGCCCCGCUAG